AUGCUUCCUCUGUUGCCGGCGUCUACGACAUGUCGUACGUUGAGGCUCCCUACACUGGACUCCGCGCAAACGGUUGAGUUCAGUCCCUUGGAGCAGAAAAAGCUUAUGCUUGAUUGUAGAACUGGAGCUGCAACAGCGAUUGGUCGCUCAUCAAUCUAUGUUCAUGGUGGCCUUACUAUAGGGUUAAACUUGUCUGAGAUUAACUCUAUGCAUGUCCAACAGGAAUUAAUGAUGUACUUUGCCCGAAGGAAGGAAUCCAACUUUAAGAACUUAUGUGAAUAUAUAUCAAAGGAAGCGUUUCACCUGGAUUUGAUAACUGGCAAGUGGGAAAGAUUACGCCCUCCUUCGGAUGAAGAGAGUGCUGAGAGUACAUUUAGGGAACAUGAUGUGGAAGAUAUUGGCCCUGAGAGCACUGCCAGGCAAAAUGAAAAAUCAUAUGCUGCUACAAGUGCAGUAUUUACUGAUGAAAAUACAAAGCGUACUCAUAUUACUUCAACGAAGGAUAUAGCGCCUGGUUCUGAAAUUGGCGGUGGCGUUAGUCCGGAUAUAAGUCGACACCAACAACAGAAUGAUAUAAGAGAACGGAUAUUUCAUGCUAUAUGUUGUUACGAUGGUGGACUUUACGCUUUUGGAGGUUUAGUUGCAUCGGCACAAUCAGAUUAUGAGCUGGUUGCUACUAACGAGUUAUGGAGGUUCGAUAUCCGCUCAAGAGUGUGGAAGCUUCUAUCUAACGAUCAGCGUGUUAUACGGCGCUUCAACCAUGCUAUUCAUGUUCUAUAUGAACAUGAUGACAGUCAUGAUACAUACAUUGUGAUAGUUGGUGGAUUGAACAACAUGGAUAAACCUGUUACUAAGAUUGAUUUAUAUAAUAUAACGCGGAACCGGUGGGAAUCGUAUCCGGACCUAAACGAGGAUAUGUCCAGCGAUGAAUUCGAAGCCUUGGCUGUGAAACACCUUGAUGCGAAUAUUGAUGGUAAAGGCGUUAAAAUAGUACCAGAGUUAGGUUUCUGUGUUGUAAUUGAGACGAAUGAGGACCGAAGGCCGACCUUAGCGUUCUAUUCUUCAAUAAAAGGUAGCCACAUGAACCCUGAAGAUACUGAAGAAAACCCAUUUGUACUAAUCCCGCUGGUCGACUAUGCAAUAGGUGUGAGGUUAAAAACAGACAUAGCUGGGAAAUAUUCCCAAACAAGACCAAGAAUUCCGUUUGAUCUUAGUUACGCCAGUGGAAAUAUAUUUGCCUGUAGUAUUAUUUUCGCUGGAUUCAGCUCCGACUUACAAGCGUGUAAUAACGCAUGCUAUAUUUAUGACAUCCCAUCAGGUAAAUGGACGCGUUUAAAUGCUACUUGCGGGCAUUCUGGUAUUGAGAGGCAUAGGUUUUGGAAGCUCUUUGUAUGGGAAUCCCAUCAUAAGGCCAUCAUGUUAGGGUCUUCGACCCAUGACAAAUGCUUGCCCUCCGUGCAGAAAUUUGAAACCUUAAUAUCCAUGCGACUAAAUCUAACAAAUAUUUUUCCUACUGCAAAAGUCCCAUUGAGCUUACCUAACCUCGUACCGAAUUCUGCUAAGUCAGAUUCAUCUCCGAUGGUCCCACCACCAGCGUUUCAAAAGGAGCACUCUACAUUAAAGAUGGACCAGUUUGAUAACUACUCCAAGUACAUUGUUCCACCUUCAGAAAUCACAUCCAUUAGGUCUGUGUUCCCAUCUUUUGCAAUGGCAUUGGGAAAGGAUGCUUUAGAGAUUCAUGGCAGGUCAUUGGCAGACUUUGAAUUUAUCACCGAAGAAGGUGAAUCUGUCUGUGUUCCAACAAUUUUACUGCGGAAGAGAUGGGGCAGAUUCUUCGAUAAUUUAUUAGCACAGGAUUACACUCAGGUUUCUUCUUCCUUUGAUCUGGGCAUACCUUUUAAAGACAGUUCGAAACCAUUUGAGGCGUCUUCUUCAAAUUUGGUAACGUCUAUGGGUUAUUUUACUGGCAGUAGUAAAGACGAUGGUGUGAGCCCUGAAGGACAAAGCUCAUCAGAUAAUACUGCGAAAAAUAUGCAGGGAAUGAAGUCCAGUCUCAGUAGUUAUUCUUUCCAUGCUAAGAAGUCGAGGUCAUUCGUAUAUGUUCAUCUCAAUAAUGAUGCCUCUCCGGAUGCAAGCAGUUCUACUACUUCCUCUGAGCAUGAACUGAAAGAAUCCCUUAGUUCACCUUCUCCUCCAGCGCUUACAGAUGCUUAUAAGAAGUCUGGUGCAGCUACAACCAGCUCUACUGGAGGAAUGGUAUUUAGGAUGCCUUUCAAAGAAAGUUCUGAAAGGGUGAAAAAAGAUUCAACUUCACAGCCGCCGACUGACAUUGCCUUGUGUGAUAAGGAAGGUACAGAUAAGCAAAGAAGAUCUUCAUAUACUGUUGGAAGUGGUCGACACUCUUCUAAGGCUGCUAGAUUUAGGCGUGCAUCUCAUCCUGCACCCAAUAUCCGGGAAUUACCCAUUACUGCCGAACGUUAUGUUACAAGCCAAGUGAACUCAAGGAAAGCUUCACUUGCUUCAAAUUUAAGCUCUAUCUCUUACGUCAGUUCUAAUUCGGACCGUAUGGGAAAUCGAACAUUCCGCAGAAAUAGUGAUGAUGUCCAUCUGCGAAAUAAACUCAACUUCAAGAUCCCUUUACCUGCUGCACAUAGCCCACCAUCGGAUCCACCGCCGCUUCCCCCGCCAGUUUGGUCUAGUGAUAUGCUGGCAGGUAAUAACCGAAGACCCUCCGAUCAUUCUAUGACCGGAGCCAUCAGAUCUAUGAUCUCUAGUCCAUCUUCUUCAAGGUGUUCGUCCUCAUUCCAUGAGUUUGAACACCCUACUGCUCAGUUCGUUACCUCCCGGCAGACAAAAAGCGAUGAUGCAGAUCCGUUCCGCUCUUCCUCCCCCUUUACUGGACCAACUAGUGAAAAGCCAUUCCAAAAAAUACCAGAGCUUGAUUUAGAUUCGAAGGUCACUUCUUUCCUUUCAUACCAAUCCCCAGAGUCUAGCUUUGCCAGAAGCCCAGGUAUCCUUCCAAGGACGACUGUCACAUCUACUAUGGAUAGCUCCAACAGUAUUAAUUCUGCGACUUUUGUGGUAAAAGGCAGCGAGUUAGAGCCGCUACUGAUUCCAAGAUCAUUGUAUUUACCUUGGCCUCUUGAUACUAUAAAAGCAUUCGCAGAGUUUUUUUAUACAGGUCAAGUUAACGGAAAGUGGAAACUUUCCCCAGUAGCGUUGCAAUUGCUGACAAUCGCAAAGCAGUAUGAACUUCCUCUGCUUUAUGACUUGAUAUCUGAAGUUUUCUAUUCAAUAGUUGGGAAGAAAGAAAAAAGCUUGCACUUGUUGACACAGCAACUAAAGGAGACUUUGAUCGGAAAAGUAAAAGAACUGUUUAAUAAUAAUCCUGUGAAAGUUGAUGAGUACCUUUCAACAAGUUUUUGCUAUCAGGAAUUAACAGAAGAUGAAAUUUCGCUUAGCUCAAUCUCUGACGGAUAUAUUGACAUUAACUUAAUGAAGAAGCUUUCUAUUUCUUCAACGAACAAUCCAGAUCCAGCAGGUGGUUCUGAUGCAUAUCAAGGAAGGGGAUUUUCGAUAGAUUCGGGCUCCACUACUCAAACACCCGUUGUAUCUACAGCCCCAGUUGAAACAUCCUCUCAGCAUCAUCUAUACCCAGAUAAUCCUGACUAUUAUCCCCCUGAAACUGGAAGAUUUCCCUUACAUUCCAAAAACGCUACUGCUAUCAGCAGGAAGAAAUCAGCAACCGUUUCCACCUUAUUAAAUAGGCCUGACGAGUAUUCGAAACCGCUACUCAGCAAUCCGCGUAAUGACACAACUUCCUCAGAUGAUGCUAGCGAUCAGUACCAUGGCAUAGCCAGCACAUAUGGGGAAGGUUUAGAAAGUAGGGGCAAAGAUCCAUCUGCCACCAAGGAUGAUGUCUUUACCGUCAGCGCUUCAACCAUAAGCUCGUCUGUGCCCGCGGACUAUGAUCGUGCUGGAGAAGCUAUGCCUAACUUAGCAACUAAAGGCACAGGUGAUGAAUUGUCAAUACAAAGCUCGGAUUCUGGUAGCGAUGCCGCUGGUCUUGGCAUGGUACCUUCAACUAAGAUCGAGGAGAAAAUUCGCAAGCGUGACUCCGACAAUUCGAUAGACCCAUUAAAGCUCACUAAAGAGCACGUCAGUACAAAUAUUUUCAGCAUUUUUGAUAAAGCAGGCCCCAGGGCUGAAGAUCCUAACUCCGUGGAGCAUACUACUCUCGACUAUCUAGCUUCUCCUCAUGCAUUGCCUCCUGUUGACUACGUUAUCAAGCUAAUAUACGAAGCAUCGGUAUUGUCAAGUGAAACAUUGUUGACCACAAGGUGUCUACUGUGUUUACAUAUAUCCAAAUCUCUAAAAUCUACUAGGCUGCGACUUUCUAAAGAACUGGCAGAGCUGGAGUCCAAAAUUGCUGGAGAAAUUCCCCACUAUAGUUUAGACCCCAAUGCCACUGCUACGCCCCCUGAACACCAGGGCAGAGCUUCUAAAUAUACUUAUGGUCUUUCAACCUUAUAUCGAAAGCAGAGUGAUGAUCUUCCUGAACAAAAAUCGUACCAAAAGUCUACAGAUACGAUAGAAAGCUCCUCAGUAGACAAUAGGCACGAAACUGAUCAGCACUUGCGAAAGGCCGCAAGGACGUCAGUUUCCUCCUCCCAAGACCCAUCCAAUUCCUUCUACCAAAAAAAUCCUUAUAUCUCUCGCUCUAAUCAUGGCGCCAUUAUAUCACAGUCCAGUCUAACCCUACCGAACCAAAGCCCAACCUUGAAGCCCAAAAAGCAUAAGGAAUCAACAGGAUCGCCUACGGGCAACGCUUUUUCAUUCUUCAUAAGGAAGAGGUAA